AUGAACAAUCACACUCUCUACACACUGCUCCUAAUAUUGAGUUUUCACGUCAUCUCAAUCUGGAGCGAUGACGAGGAGGUUCCUUCGUGCCCAGAGCACCAGCAGGCCUUUGAGAGCUCCUGCUAUGAGUUUGUGGCUCUGCAGCGCAGCUUCUUCAGCGCACAGGCUUGGUGUGAGCGAGGCGGCGGGCAUCUAGCUUUCAUCCAGAACGAUGAGACCCAGCAGUUUCUACAAAAACACCUGCAGUCGGAGAUGGACUGGUGGAUAGGACUCGCUCCUGCCUCCGCCAACCUCACUCUGGACUCUGCUGCUGUUGAAGGUCCCUUGUCCUGGUUAGAUGGCUCGGAUGUUAGUUAUUCCAACUGGCUUCAGGAGCCCUCGCUAAAUGCGACCUGCGGCUACAUCAAGAGAGAUUGUGGAUUUCAGUGGGAAACCACCAGUAACUGUAGCCUGGAGCUCUACUUCAUUUGUGAGUUUGAGUCUGGACACUCUUUAGCCUGCGCUGAUCAUAACGCUACGCUUCAGUGCGGCUCCGGUCAAGUGAUAGAGGUUGAUGACAGCUUCUACGGCAGGAAAACGGUGCAUUACUGCAGGAGCAGCCACGCUCCCUCACAGACAUCUCCACAGCAGGAGGAGUGCAGCUGGGUGGAUAUAGUAGAUACUGUGUCAGAGCACUGCCACGGACUGCAGGUGUGUCAGGCUGCUGCUGAUAUUUCAUCUUUUGGCGAGCCGUGCCCUGUGCUGGGAAGCUAUUUGGCUGUGGAAUAUCACUGCAAAGAUGCUCUCCAUCUGCUGAUGAGAAAGCUGGCUGCUGUCUUUGACAACAUUACCAUCACAGUGAAGUGGUUGCUGCAUCCAUUUCAAGGCAACCUCACGUGCACACUGAAUGCUGGGGAUGGACACGUCAUUGAUAAUUACAGUCCAGACGUGAUGGAGAAUGUGGUGCAUAAGUACAGCCGUGCUGGAGUAUAUACUCUCACGGUAGAGUGCAGCACUAGUGAGUGGCAUGUGACCGCCUACAGGAGCAUCACUAUCCAGGAACCCCUCGGACAGUUUGGGACCAUAAAGUGCCACAGCAUGAAUCAAUCCACAGACCAUUCCAACUGCAAAGCUCUUUAUAAUAACCCUCUGAGAAUCCAAGUGACAUUAGACGCAGGAACAAAUGUAACGUACAAAAUUCAGCAUGGAAAAACAGAGCUGGCCUCCUCUUCCGCUAUCAGAGGGGUUGUUCCACAUAACAUCACUGUAUCUCCAGAAGUACAGGAGCAGCUGGGACCAGGCUGCCACCAGAUUACUGUUGUGGCUCUUAAUGGAGUGACGGCGGAAGACCUCUCCACUGUCCUGGAGCUGUGUUUGGUGGAGCCAGUGGAAGGCCUCAUGGUGGAUGUGAAACCUGAGCAUGAGCAGUGUGUGGUCCAUGCCCUGUAUGUCAAUGUAUCUCUGGCUCAGGGGGCUCCAGCACAACUGCAUUUUCUGGUGUCUGCAGUCAAUCACACCUUUUCCGAGAUGCAUGAGAUGCUACACGGAAGACCACAGGUUUUUGCCAUCUCAAACGCAAUACAAGGCAAAUUAAAUGUGGUGGUCAAAGCAGAGAAUUCCUUCUCAAGCAUGGAAAUGGAUGGUGGAAACACAACAGUGAAAUGUCAGAACGAAACAGUGAAUCAACAUGAAGGAGACGAGAUCAGUGAGCGUGCGAGAACUGUCAGAGAAAAUAAUCUAAAGAUCAGUGUAGAUCCAGAAGUCCCAGUCAUCGGUACCACCAGUGUCAAGCUGUAUGUUGAUGGAUUAGUGGAUGACAAAUCUAUCUGGAGAUGCCAUGAGGCUUGCCCAUGUCCUGAUGAAGUGACACACAGAGAUCAUGAGAUAUCCAAAGAUUGUCUUCCACCAGUAUACAGUUUCUCUGUGUAUACUGUAGAUACCAAGUCACAUGGUUUCACUCGGUCUGGAAGCAGAUGCAUCACUGUCAUUCCUGGAGAGAAUAUGAAGCUGUCUGUUACCUGUUCCAACUGCAGUCCGGUGAACGUCGCUGAGAGUGUGACUCUACAAGUGCAGUGUGAAGGAUGUCAGAAAAUUGUUUGGUACUUUGAGAGCGAAAAUGAUUUUACUGGUUUGCUAAGACACUGUUACUCAGAGUCAGUGAAAAAGCCACUGAUACAGAAGGCGGAGGGCAGCAGCUCUUUUACCAUAGAGAGCGAUGCACUACGAAACGCAAAGCAGGAUAUCACAGUGGUGGUUUAUGCUAUCAAAGGCAGCUUAUCUGGAUCUGCUAGAUACACUGUUCCAAUUGUUGAUCCAUCUACUGAGGAUACAUCGGUCCAGCCCCAUUUGCUGACCACUGUCUCACCAUCAUCUCACACUACUGACAAAUCUCUCAACUCUGUGACGCCUCCCUCCUGCAUCAUUAGCCCUCUUGUGGGUGACGUUCUCUCUCCCUUUAAGAUCAGCUGCUCCGUCGAUCCAUCUUUUUGCAAAUCUGAGUCCUGUAUAUUCUGCUUUAAAACGGGCAAGGGUAAUUAUUUUUAUUGUGGUGCCGAGCCCACGGUGGAGUCGCUUUACCUCCCUCUAGGGAACAAACAUAACAACUACAGUCUGGCGGUGAUGAUCUCGGUUAAGAACGCAGCAGGUGUUACUGCUGACACUGCUGUAACCAUUCGGGUAAAGGACACCAGUAGUAAUCACACAGUUGGAGAUCUCCAGUCUCUGGUUUCCAACCAGGUGUCUCAGCUGCAGCAACAGGAUCGACUCACUGGGGCUGCACUGGCACAGAUGUUCCAGUCUGUAUCCGACAGACUGAAUGACGCACUACCUGAAGGACAGCAUGACAGUGUCAAAAAAGAGCUAAGACAGCAGAUGUUGCAGAGUUUGAGUGCUGCCACAAGUUCCUUCCCCCCGAAGAAUCCAGCCGAGGUGCAGAUGAGUGCUAAUGUGGUUGCAGGCCUUACCACACAGGGUCAUGAGCUGACAGACACUGCUCAGUUACAGGCUAGUUAUCUGCUUACAAACCUCAGUACAUCCUUGGUUUCCUUGACGCGUUCUGGUAAGGAGUUCUCUGAACAGAUACUGCAAGCAUCUACACCAAUAAUUGAUGCUGUCAGUAACAUCAUCAAGGUUUCUUCUAGUACUUCCAAGCAGAAUGAGAUCUGCAGUCACUUACUAAAUACUGUGGACAAUGUUCAAAGUGCCUUGUUGGCUGAGAAAAAGGUGAACGAAGAGCCCACCAUACUCAGCACUUCAGUUUUUGGUUUAUAUGUUAACAGAAUAUCAUUGGAUGGUCUUUCGAAACAGCCCUUUAACAUUCAGAGUAAAAGCUCUGCCAGUUUUAUCCUCCCAUCUCUGGGCUCUGAUGUUGUGUCUCCAGAUGAACCAGUAGAUGUACGGAUGACAAGUUUUGGGAUGAAUCCAUUCUCAUUAAAUGAUGGUGAGCAGAUCAGUGGAUCAGUGGGGUCUCUCUCUCUUACUAAAAUGAAUGGGUCUGUGAUUCCAGUGGCAAACCUCACGGAGGAAAUUGAGAUUCUCUUACCAAGGACAGAGGUGGCAGAGGCUAACCAAACUCUACUGGAAUUGGCAAACUUCAGCACCGUGGUCAUUAAUGUGACUGCACCCAAUAUAUCUCUGGUUUUCAAGCUAGACCCUUCAGAAGAGACACCUCUGCAGUUGCUCCUGGGUUUUCAGGAGUACCCUAAUGAUACAAAUUAUGAGGCUCAGAUCCAGCUACCUCAAGAUGGUGACUCUGAAGAGGAAAUGUACACAUGGGUGCUUAACCCUACAGAGAUGACAAUAGAAGUAGGUGUUUACUACCUUCUGGUGAGGCCUGUUGUUGGUGCAGGCGUGAAUUCGACAAAUGCCUCAGUUUUCAUCACAACCAUUGCUGCUCACUGUUUGUACUGGGAUGAUAGAAAAGCCAACUGGAGUGGUGAUGGCUGUAGGGUUGGCCCUCGCACUACAACAUUGGUUACUCAAUGCCUGUGUACCCAUUUGACCUUUUUUGGAAGCUCUUUCUUCGUCAUGCCCAACGUCGUUGAUGUCUCCCGCACUGCUGAACUAUUUGCCACCUUCGUCAACAACCCAGUGGUGGUGUGUUUUGUAGGUGCCAUCAUCCUGGCUUACCUGGUGGUUGUGAUGUGGGCAAGAAGAAAAGACAGUCAGGAUGCAGUCAAGGUGAAGGUCACAGUUCUUGAGGACAACGAUCCCUUAGCUGAAUAUCGUUACUUGUUGAGUAUCAACACAGGACAUCGUCGUGGGGCCUCCACCUCUUCUCAGGUAACAGUGACUCUACAAGGAACAGAGGGAGAGAGUGAACCUCAUCAUUUGACUGACCCUGAAAAGCCAGUGUUUGAAAGGGGAGGACUGGACAUGUUCUUGCUGACCACCCCUUUCUCUCUGGGAGAGCUACAAAAUAUUAGGCUGUGGCACGACAAUUCAGGAGAGCAUCCUGCUUGGUACGUUAACAAGGUCAUGGUACAGAACCUGGAGACAGGGCAGAAGUGGCACUUCCUUUGCAACUCAUGGUUGUCCAUUGAUUUGGGAGAAUGUACAUUAGAUAAAGUUUUCCCUGUAGCAACAGAGAUGGACUUGAAAAGGUUUAGUAAUCUGUUCUUCAUGAAGACUGCGAAAGAUUUCCGUGAUGGUCACAUCUGGUUCUCUGUAAUCAGUCGUCCCCCAAGUAGUAACUUUACACGAGUGCAGCGUGUCUCCUGCUGUUUUUCGCUGUUGCUCUGCACCAUGUUGACCAGUAUCAUGUUCUGGGGUAUCCCGUCAGAUCCCUCAGAGCAGACCAUGGAUCUGGGUCAGAUUGAGUUCACCUGGCAGCAGGUCAUGAUUGGUGUCCAAAGUUCCAUUAUCAUGUUUCCUAUCAAUCUCCUCAUUGUGAGUAUCUUCCGAAAUGCUCGACCAAGAGAGCAAAUGUCUAAAUCAUCUUCCAAGCAGCAGUCAAAGAUAGAUCCCAAAAAACAAGGCAAAACUGGACGAGUGUCUCCGAAUCAGCCUUCACACAAUAAUCACAGGGAAAUAACACCUGACACUGUGAUAAAGGACAUCAAACGGAUAGCACAGUCACUCUAUAAGGUCAUGAGAAGACCUGUUCCAAGGAUAGAAGUGGACUCCACCAAAACAGAUAUUAACAGUCUGCUGUCACUGGUUGAAGAAAUAAUUCGUCAACACAAUCGAACUGGAAAUGAGUUUUACACUAACUCUUCUAAAAAAGAGCAAACUUUUGCUGCUUCUCUGGAGUGUGUAAAUCUGAAAGAAAGUAGUUUUUGUGAGAGCCCAGAACAAAAUGGAAAACGCAGCAUCUACAGCCAGUAUCUUUACAAACAACUGCAAAAUCUGGAGAGAGAGCUGAGAUUGCUGGGGCCUUCAUCCUUCUCUAAGCCAGACAGCUACAAUCAGGCUGUAUUGCAGGUCCAAGGCAUGAAGAAUCUACUUGAAGCUCAAGUCUCCUCCUGUUCUGUGAGUGGUUUACAUUCCCGUAGCUCCAGCCUCACAGAGGGCAACAGUGGAGAUGGCAAAAAGUGUUGUCAGAAAGGCUUGCCCUGGUGGUUUGUGUUCGUCGGUUGGUUUCUUGUUGUAGCCACCAGUGGUGUUUCAGCAUACUUUACUAUGAUGUAUGGGCUGACCUAUGGCAAGGAGCGCUCCAUCAGCUGGCUCAUUUCAAUGGUGGUGUCAUUCUUCGAAAGCCUCUUCAUCACCCAGCCUGUAAAAGUACUGGGCUUUGCAGUCUUCUUUGCUCUGGUACUCAAAACUGUUGAUCAAGAAGAUUAUGGAGAUGUUCCUAUUGAUGGGACUCUACCCAACACAGAUGAUCCAGAUACAAUCAGAAUUGCCAGGAGAGACAGCACAUGUAGCUUCUAUCAGCCUCCUCCUCCCAGUGAUAUAGAAAAGAUGAGAAACAACAUCAUCAAGGAGCAGAAAGUUUUUGCAUUAAUCCGAGAGAUUCUCAUUUACGUAGGAUUCCUGUGGAUGCUUCUCUUGGUCGCAUAUGGUCAGCGAGAUCCAAAUGCAUACUACCUCACCCAGCACAUCCGACAGAGCUUCAGCAAUGGCAUUUCAGACAGUAUGAAGCACAAGGAUAUAUUAAAUUGGGCACAAUCCUCCUUGCUCAGUAAUCUGUUUGGGCAAUAUUCAGGCUUCAUAACAGAUGGAAACUCUAAACUUGUCGGCAAUGCUCGACUCCGCCAGGUUAGGGUUAGAAAAGACUCUUGUAAAAUUGCCAAGACCAUGCAGCACUCUGUUCCUGACUGUCAUGCCCCAUACUCCUGGGAAGCAGAGGACAUGGGUUUCUACAGUCUAGGCUGGAAUCGGAGUAAAAAUGUGAAUGGCUCUAAGAUUGUACCCACACCUUGGCACUACCAAACUCAGGCCGAACUCAGAGCAAACCCUGUUUGGGGUGGAUUGGCCCUUUAUAAGGGUGGAGGAUUUGUUGUGGAACUAGGUCCGGAUAAAAAGAAUGCAAGCAGUCUUCUUCAAUAUCUUUACGACAGCAUCUGGCUGGAUGUGUAUACACGGGCUGUAUUUGUGGAGUUCACAGUUUAUAAUGCAAAUGUGAACCUCUUUUGCAUUGUGACUCUCAUAUUUGAGACCACAGGAGUGGGUUCAUUCCAUUAUCGCAGUGAGGUGCAGACUGUCCAUCUUUAUCAGUCCACUGGUGGCUUUCAUGUAUUUGUUAUGGCAUCAGAGGCCAUAUAUUUCCUCUUCAUUCUCUAUUACAUGUUUUUGCAGGGCAAACUGAUAAAGCAGCAAAAAUGGGAAUAUUUCAGAAGCAAAUGGAAUCUAUUAGAGUUGGCCAUUAUCAUUUUAAGUUGGAGUGCACUAUCUGUGUUUGUCAAGAGGACGAUACUGGGUAACCGGGACAUUGAGUACUACCAAAAUAACAAAGACAUAUUUGCCAGUUUUUAUGAAACAGCCACCGCAGAUGCUGUACUGGGCUAUCUGAUAGCCUUCUUAGUUCUGCUGGCCACUAUAAAGCUGUGGCAUCUAUUGAGGCUCAACCCCAAGCUACACAUGAUCACCUCCACCCUGCAGCGGGCAUGGACAGAUAUCUCUGGCUUCAUCGUGGUCAUGACUAUCAUGUUUUUGGCUUAUUCUAUUGCUUGCAAUUUGAUGUACGGCUGGAGGCUCUACUCAUACAGAACUCUACUCGAGGCUGCACAGACCAUUAUUUGUCUACAACUGGGUAUUUUUAACUACGAUGAGGUUUUGGAUUACAAUCCAGUUCUAGGAGCUUUCCUGAUUGGAUCCUGCAUUAUCUUCAUGACAUUCGUAGUUCUCAACCUCUUUAUAUCCGUUAUUUUGGUGGCUUUCAAUGAAGAGCAACUUCAUCCCACGCCUUCUGAAGAAGAGGAGAUCGUAGACCUGAUGCUGAUGAAGCUCUGCAGUCUUCUUGGCAUCAAAUGCAAGAAAAAGCAAAUUGAUGCAGAUUCUUCGGUCGUAUCGUAGAAACGUCAUAAUGUCCCAGUCAGUGUAAGCUUUAUUGUAAAAUGCCUCUUGGUUUCUGAAUGCUUAGUAAUAAUUCUUGUAUAACUUAAACAUUUACCUUGCAGAAUGUAUUAAUUAGGUCUGUUUGAAUAUUUGUCAAUGCUAUUAUUACAGAUAUUAAGCAUGAAAUAUGCAACUCUUCUGAAGGUUUUUGUUCUACUACAUCACUGCUUGUCAUCUAUCAAGGGGUCUGCAUUUUUGUGUAGGCCACAAAUGAAAAAUUUCAACUAAUUCAGCCCACACACUGUAUGAGUCUUGAUACAUAAAGAGGUCUGAAUCAUAUACACCAUUGUUUAUGCCCUGCAGCACAAAGUUUCCACCAUACCAACUGGCUCAGUCAAUGACCUCAAGGACUUGCAUUAAAAAAUGGCCUGUUUUCCAGAUCUUAAUUUUUCAUAUUGCUUUAACAGGAAACUCAUUCAAGUAACCAUGAAAAACAAGAAACUAAAAGGCCUUUGGGUGCCCAGCACGUACCAGCAAGAAGACAAAAAUGAACCAUUCCUGUAAAUUACUGAUAACAUUAAGUUUUCCCAAAACAAACCUACUUAACUUAUAAUUGAGAUAUUUUUGGAGUCUAUAUUCUUUAAAAAUAAAUGCAAAAUGGUUGUGAAACUUAUACUAUUAAACAGUGCAUUACUAGUAGAAAUUCUGAAGUCUCUCUCAAACGAUCCAAGCGUUACUGACAGUUACUGACAUAUUUUUUGAACAGUGUGGCCUAGAUAUACAUUCAGUGCACUAGUUUUCAAUUUUGACCAAUAUUUUCUGCGAUUUGGAAAAAAAAAAAAAAAAACAGCAUUCAAACAUCCUAUCCUUAUCUGAUUUUCUCCACAAUUGGGUUGGAUAAUUAUGAUGCACCAGCUCAUUUCUGUGCAACGCUUCGAUCCUCAUUGCCGAUGCUGGAGAGCCACUUUCCUAAGAUUAAGUUCUGCUUCAUCAGUUUGUCCUGUUAAAUCCAGAUGCCACUAUGCAUUAUAGGCUUCACUUAUGCAGAUGGCACCUAUUUCAGUGUUCCAUGCAGAGAUCUGCUCAAACGUGAAGUAGAGAACGAAGAGGAAAUAGAUGGUCUCUGAUGCUAGAAUAAAUACAUAAAAGCCAUCAUUGGUCAGUCUGUAUUUAUCCUACAGCUUUUAUUCAGUUUUCUUAGGUUACUUCUAUAGUUAUCAAGCUUUGAUAUACCCAAUAUUUUGUGUAACACAGAUUCUGAUUCCUGAAUCCAAAGAGCCACUUUCCAACAGAGUUUAGUUGUAACCAUUCCUCAAACAUAUGGCUGUAAUUAGGCACAGUCCAGUUAAAUUUAUUUGCAGAGCUCUCCACAAAACACAUUAUUUCAAAGCAGCUUCACAGAAAAAUGUGAUUUUAAUCUCUUAACAUAGUCUCAUAGCCACAUUUAGCAGACUAGAGAGGGGCAAUAAUAUACUUAACACUUUGUGAAGACAAUUUCAAAGAUGAUUUUUACUAUACAGUAUAUAUCACUCUACAUGAACAUAUUGUCCAACGUUUACUAUAAUGCUGUGUGAUCAUAGUUUUAAUAUUGACAAAGAUAUAUAACCAAACUCAAAAACCCUGAUUAGCUUAUUUAAUGCACUGAAAUACAGUUCAAUCUAGAUUCUGAAAGAAAGUGGCGCUCCAGGACUUGGAUUAAGGCUGGGUACACACUAAAAGAUUUUUUAAAUCUUAUAAGAUUUCAAAAUGUGAGACCACAAACAUGAAACAUGAGAAAAUUGAUAGAUUUCACCAUUUUGCUCCUAUAGUGUGUGGUGUGCUGCAAUACGACAACACAGAUUUUCAUCCAGAGACCAGACUGUAAACACCGGAAAUCUCCCAAAACCAACAUUAAAACACAUCAGAAUAUUCAAGGAAGUAAAGCUAAGUGGUAUGCCCAAGACCAUGUCCUAAGGGACUUACACUGUUGGUGUAAGAGGGUUGUAAAUGACAUUUCACACACAAGUACUAGAGUAAUAACUUCUGCCUAUCAAAUGAUUAAAGAUUAAUAUCGUCAGUAGAAAGCUGUACCCUUUUUAAAUCGCGUUCACCUACAGUAUGUAAUAACUAUAUAUGGUCCAUUCAAUCAACAGCCGUCUCCAAAAAUAUCUCAAGAGACGCUACUCUUUAAAAAUGCGAUAUCUGAAGACUAAUUCACUAUUUUUGAACCCCGGCGUUUGAUUUAUCACAGCGUUCUUCUUUCCUUCAGGCUUCCCAUACAGAUGAAUGCUGAAUCCAUCCACGCUGAAACUGCACUUCAAAUCAUAGUUUGGGUGCAGCAAUUCAAACCGCAAAACUUAGCGAAAUAAUGUUUGUUGAAACUAUGGAUUUGGAAAACAGAAUCUUUGAACUGAUGCCAAUGACAAAGUAAAAAAAAGCUGUCAGGAGAACGAAGAAACUUUAACAAAUUACCGGAAAAGGCGAAACGACCAAAAAAUAUCAGAUUUAAAGCCGUUUGUUUUUUUUUAAUGUUGUGUAUACUGAUGGUUCAUCCAUACAUCAACCAAAUGCUUGAGACCUCCUCAAAUCAUGCUCCAAUGACUUACAGUGCUUGUAAUAGCUUUAUCCAGAUCGAACACCAAGUGCAUUUCAUUUGGAGCCUAAAACAUAAUCAUUACAAGCAGCAAAUGAUUGCCACACACUAUUAUUGAAGCCCUCUGAACACCAACCAUUACAGGAGAAGUCACCGUCCAGGUAACAAUGUUCCAAUUCUUAAAUAGUCUUCAACUGAGUUAAAAAAUUUGCAGUCUGAUACAGAAGGCUAAGAGACCUGAACAAUAUGAAAGUGCUAGUCAUUAAUUUACAGAGAUCAGGCAUCACAUAGUGCUAUGACAAGUAUCCAAUAUGCUACAUUUGAAUACACAUGUUGACACCUUACAAAUGCCUCUGGUUGUUUGACCAGGCAACUUAAAAAUCAAGUGCCUUGGCUAGUUAUGUACAAUAUGAGAUUUGUUUUUUUGUUUCGUUUUGUUUUUUUGAUGAAGAAAAAACGUUGACACACUACUGCCAGAGGUAUAAUCUUGAAAAGGCCCUUUGGCCCAUACAGUGACAAUGAUUUUGACAUUAUGCCUCAAUUUCAAUUCAUUAGC